UUUUUUCAAAAAGAGGGCGCUGGUCAUGGAAUGGGAAUGAACAACUGUUUUACAUUUUUACUGAGCUGGGAUGCAUCGGUUUACGGCCAUAAACCAUGGAGUCACGAUAUGGCGGGAAAAGCAAAGUACUUUUCUUGUUGCUUCACAAUACCACAACAAAUCAGGAAAAAACAGUUCGACCCUUCCUGUCUCAACUCUCAUGACUGUGACCUGGUCUCUUCCGAUAACGUCGAACUCCAAUAUGCUUUUCAAACCUUAUGUUGCUCGACUUUGCGUUGACCUGUCUCGUAUGGUUCACGAUUCUAACUGUCAAAUCAGCUAUCCUAAAAC